GCAAUCUUGACUGUUUUGAUUUUAAGAAAUAAUAUAAAAACAGAAUCGAUUCUCUUUUAGGCUUUCACAUUUUUUUCUAUAACUUGACACAAUUUCACAUGAAACACCAAAUCCGACCAAAACCAUCAAACCUCAAAAACCAACCAAAUCAUAAACAUAAAACCUAGUAAACUCCGAUGAAGAACAAAAACAACCUUAACAUAGUCACAAAAAUGAACAAUCACAACAUCACUCACAUCAAUCUUAAAUCACUUCCAAUGGAUCCAACUAUUUGGAGCAAAUUACCACCUGAAAUUCUUGAAUACAUCCUUUCUUUUCUUCCUCUCAAAACCUUCAUGUCUCUAAGAUCAACUUGCAAAGGUUUUUGGCCAUUGAUUUUCUCUCCUUCAUUCAUCUCAAAACAUUCACCUUCAUCAUCUUCAUCUUCUUCACCUUUUUCUUCUUUUCUCUUACUUUCUCACCCUCAAUUCCACCGUCACUUUCCUCUUUAUGAUUGCAACCUUGGAACAUGGCGUAAUAUUUCUCUCUCUUUCUCUGAUUCACUUCACUCUUCACCUUCUUUCACUACUCUUGUUUCUUCUGGUGGUCUUUUUUGUUUAUCUGAUUCACUUUCAUGUUCUUUACUUGUUUGUAACCUUUUAGCCAAAUCCAAGAGAAAGAUUCAAUAUCCAAAUUUCAAUCUUCAUAUUGAGCAUCUUACAUUUGUUACAACACCAAAAGGGUAUAUGAUUUUUGUACUCUCUUCUGAAUCAAAUUCAAAUAGUGUUUUUCUUUAUGAUUCAAGCUCAAGGGUUCUAUCUUGGAGGAAAUUCAAUGGUUUUGGUCCAACUCUAAGUGAUAACCCUCAUCAACAAGGUGUUUACUUUAAAGGGUGUUUGUAUUUUGCUACACCAGAACCAUUUUCUGUUGUGUAUUUUGAUUUGGAGAGUGGAAAAUGGGAAAAACCAAUUGGUAAUUUACCUGAACAACUCACUUUUGUUAGAUUGGUUAGUGUGAAUGAUGAUGCUGUUGAAGAAGGUAAAAAACUGUUUUUGAUUGGUGGGGUUGGGAGCAAUGGAAUUUCAAGGAGUAUUAAAUUGUGGGAAAUGAGUGAAGAAGGGAAUUGGGUUGAAAUUCAAAGUUUGCCUGAUCUUAUGUGUAGGAAAUUUGUGUCUGUUUGUUAUCAUAACUAUGAGCAUGUUUAUUGUUUUUGGCAUGAAGGAAUGAUUUGUAUUUGCUGUUAUACAUGGCCAGAGAUUUUGUAUUAUUUGGUUUCAAGAAGGACUUGGCAUUGGCUUCCUAGGUGUCCUUCAUUGCCUUUUAAAUGUAGCUGUGGUUUUAAGUGGUUCUCUUUUGUUCCUAAGUUGUAUGCUGAAGUUUGAAGACUGAAUGAGAGAGUGAAUAUUGUUUUGAGUUUUUUGUUUUAUGGUUGUUGUAAUGUAUGAAAGAAAGGUUUAAGAUUGUAUUAGGACAUGAUGAUCCAGAUUCAGUUGUUAUAUAAUUUGUUUUUUAUUUCUGUUUUUGUGACAGAUUUUGGAAUUGAAUUUUGUCCAAGGAAACUGUUUGUUGGA